AUGAGCUAUAACAAUCCGUACCAACAAAGUAAUCCUUACGCUGAAACGUACGACCUGCAGGAAAACGUUGGUUCAACGCCUCAUCACAAUGGCGGCGAUUUUUUGGAGUUUAUGAAUGGUAUCAACCAAAUCAACGUGGAUAUAGACCAUUACUCGGAACUCGUAGACCAGAUCGACUCGAACCAGAAGAGAUUGCUUACUGAGGUGAACGAGGACCAAGAAUUGACUCUGAGACAGCAUUUGGAUGGGCUUGUUUCCAGGGCUUCGGAUCUACAAUAUAAGCUCAGAAACAGUAUAAAAGCGGCCCAGCAGCAAGGAGUGUCGGACUCGAGUAAGCAGGCGCAGGCUGAGAACUCGAGACAGCGGUUUUUGAAGCUUAUUCAGGACUAUAGAAUCAUUGAGGCCAACUACAAGGACCAAAACAAACAGCAAGCGAAAAGACAGUACCAGAUCAUCCAGCCCGAGGCAACCGAAGAUGAAGUGGAAGCUGCAAUCAGUGACGUGGGAGGACAACAGAUUUUUUCUCAGGCAUUGUUGAACGCCAACAGACGUGGUGAGGCUAAAACCGCGUUGGCUGAGGUUCAAGCUAGACACCAAGAACUGUUGAAGCUUGAGAAGACUAUGGCAGAGUUGACACAGCUCUUCAACGACAUGGAACAGCUGGUUAUCGAACAACAGGAAAACAUCGAAGUUAUUGACAAAAACGUCGAAGAGGCGCAACAAGACGUCGAACAAGGUGUUGGUCACACCAACAAGGCGGUCAAGAGCGCGAGAAGGGCUCGCAGAAACAAAAUCAGAUGUCUCUUGAUUCUUGCGGCUAUCAUUAUCGUCAUCGUGGUGGUUUGUGUGGCCGUUCCUUUGGCAACCAAACACUGA